CCUUCGGCUCAAAGGGCAAGUGGGGAUUGUUAACAGCCGGCUGCAACCCUAAAGUGACCAUCUGAGGUAUAGACAAGCUACAAGGAGCUUUUCAGUGUCAGGGGCACAAAGGGGUUAAAAGGCUGAGUGCAGAUGGGAUAAUACAAGCCCCAAGAACAGACUCAGGCAAGAAUAGAGCAGAGCCAGGGAAGAGCCAGGGCAGAGCAAACCCAUGGCUGCCUUCACGGGAGGGGAGGUCUACAAGGCAGAGUUCGAGCCCACGGCGUACCUGGAAUACUUCAAGUUUGGAGGAGGCACCUUGGGGGAUGAGUUCCUCACAUUUGUCCUGAAACACUACUGCAAAACCUUCACUUCUGGUGCUGUGACAGGCCACACCCUGAUUGAUAUUGGCAGUGGACCCACCAUUUACCAGCUGCUUUCUGCCUGCGAGUCAUUUAAGGAGAUCAUUGCUUCAGAUUAUAUGGACCAAAAUUGCCAGGAGCUGCUGAAGUGGCUGAAGAACGAGCCCGGAGCAUUUGACUGGACUCCGGUGGUGCAGCACGUGUGUGAGCUGGAGGGAGACAGGAACAAAUGGGCUGAGAAAGAGGGGAAGUUACGAGGAGCCAUCAAACGCGUCCUAAAAUGUGAUGUCCACAAAAGCAACCCCUUGGAUCCCGUUGUCCUGCCUCCGGCCGACUGCCUGGUCUCAUCGCUGUGCUUGGAAGCUGCCAGCAAAGACCAGAGCUCCUACCGCGCCGCUCUGAGGAACAUCAGCUCUCUGCUAAAGCCAGGGGGGCACUUGGUGCUGAGUGGAGAUUUGGGCAGCAGUUUCUACAUGGUCGGUCCCAAAAAGUUCUCUUGUUUGGCCCUGACAGAGGAAUUUUUAAGGGAGGCUCUUAAUGCAACGGGCUUCACCGUUGAGACGGUUGAGGUUCUCUCCCGGGCUGACGUGGCCCAGCACGACAUCUGUGAUUUCUCUGGGAUGUACUUCAUUGUCGCCCACAAAAAUUAAAGUGAUUAAGUCCCUUGGAGAAUUUGGGGAAAAUUGUCCCCAGUGGGAAAAGAGAAUCUUAUGAAGGCUUCAUUCUCUUGCUGGUCAUGGCUCUUUUCUCCUUUAAUUGUUGUGCAUUCCCCAUGAUGACAGGGAAAGAUUUUCCUACGUGCCCUUAAUUUGGACUGACGACGUUUACCCCCAUAGAGGGGCAGUUCGAGGCAAUAACUAGCAGACCCUAAUUGGUAUCUUGGCCUUGAUCUGUACUCAUUCCUUGGAAUGGGAUUGACUGGAAUUGAUGGAAUUCGGGAUUUAUGAGCAGAAAAGUCAAGUUGUCACAUAGCCUGAGUGGAAACUAUAGGGGUUUUCACCUUCUUCUGUAGCAGCAGACAUAGUUCUUUUUCCUUGGUGCUCUCUAGCGUAUUUUAACAACCACUUCUUGUCCUUGCAGCAGCAGGACAUUGCCAGUGCCCUUGCCCCCCUGCUUUACCAGGCUAGGGUAUUCUUGGUAUUUUGGGGCUAUGGGCCAGGUAGUAGGGUUGCUCGUCCAGCUUGUUUUGGGGCUAUGGGCCCAGGCACCAGGGUUGCUUGCCCAGCUUUAAGAACAGGUUAGGCUAAUGCUUGUCUGGGAUGCUUUACAUGAUCCUGUCUUGAGCAAAGGGUUGGGCUAAACGACCUCCUGAGGUCCCUUGCAGCUCUUCUUUUCCAUGAUUCUCCGAGUGAAAAGAUGAUAUAGGCUCGUGCUGGCUUCUCUUUGGGCCGCAGGGCAGCUGCUUUGCUUAUCUGGUGACCACAGCUCCAGACAGCAGCCCUGUUUGAAAUGGGUGGGACUACUUGAGUGAGUAAAUACUCAGCUGUGUGGAUGAGAGCUGGCAGGCUCUUUGGGUAGAUGAGAUAGCUUUUUUUAGACCAGCUAAAUAGCUGGAAAUAUUGUUCUUUGCAAGUUUUCAGGCACAUACACCCUUCUUCAGGCAAGAGAGACUCUGGAUACCGUGCCCAUUUCAACAGUGGCACCCGAUACUUAGUUGCUGCAGCAACAAAACAAAAUAAAAUUCCUUUGCAGUAGAUAGUCCAGUAGAAAUAUGCUGAUUAACAUGCCUUAAAUUUUGGGAUUCUUGAACGCUUUCUGCACACCCUGUCCUUUUGGCCUUGGCAUUUUCUGAAGCAAACCUCCAGGAAACCACUUAGUGAGAGGAAUGCUGUUCUCUGUCGUGGUGGUUGUCCUUGUUCUUGCUCUCCACAUUUUUGGCAUCUCCAGGUAACUCAAUGGAUGCUGCUCAAGUGUUUGUCAAAUGUCACAUUACUUCUCGAAAUUAGCUGCAUGAAAAAUGGAAUCUUUUUCCCUGCAAAAAAGACAGCUUUAUUAAAUAUUCCCAGUGAUGAACAUGAGAGACUGACUCUACUAGACCUAAACCAAUGUAUUAUGUGUGGCUUUGCAUUGUUUCCAAUAAAUGCAAAAUUGUUCUCUAA